AUGACCAACCACAUGGACAAGCAGAGCCAGGCAAGCCUUGCCCAGGCUGCGGUGGCAGAUUUGUGGCAGCUGAGGGAGAGGAGCGUGGUGCAGGAGCCACCUGGUCUGGGUCUGGAGAUUAGCCCAGCUGGCUGGGCCUUCAGCUGCUUACUGAAACUGAAAAACGAACCAGUCAAACACCCCACAAAGGAACCAGUCAAACACCCCACAAAGGAACCCAUCAAACACUCCACAAAGGAACCCGUCAAACACUCCACAAAGGAACCAGUCAAACACCCCAGAAAGGAACCAGUCAAACAUCCCACAAAGGAACCAGUCAAACACUCCACAAAGGAACCAGUCAAACACCCUACAAAGGAACCAGCCAAACAUCCCACAAAGGAACCAGUCAAACAUCCUACAAAGGAACCAGUCAAACACCCUACAAAGGAACCAGUCAAACAUCCCACGAAGGAACCAGUCAAACAUCCCACAAAGGAACCAGUCAAACACUCCACAAAGGAACCAGUCAAACAUCCUACAAAGGAACCAGUCAAACACCCUACAAAGGAACCAGUCAAACAUCCUACAAAGGAACCAUCAAACAUCCCCACAAAGGAACCAGUCAAACAUCCCACAAAGGAACCAAUCAAACAUCCCACAAAGGAACCAGUCAAACAUCCCACAAAGGAACCAGUCAAACAUCCCACAAAGGAACCAAUCAAACAUCCCACAAAGGAACCAAUCAAACAUCCCACAAAGGAACCAGUCAAACAUCCCACGAAGGAACCAGUCAAACAUCCCACAAAGGAACCAGUCAAACACUCCACAAAGGAACCAGUCAAACAUCCUACAAAGGAACCAGUCAAACACCCUACAAAGGAACCAGUCAAACAUCCUACAAAGGAACCAGUCAAACAUCCCACAAAGGAACCAGUCAAACAUCCCACAAAGGAACCAGUCAAACACUCCACAAAGGAACCAGUCAAACACCCUACAAAGGAACCAGCCAAACAUCCCACAAAGGAACCAGUCAAACAUCCUACAAAGGAACCAGUCAAACACCCUACAAAGGAACCAGUCAAACAUCCCACAAAGGAACCAGUCAAACAUCCCACAAAGGAACCAGUCAAACACUCCACAAAGGAACCAGUCAAACAUCCUACAAAGGAACCAGUCAAACAUCCUACAAAGGAACCAGUCAAACACCCUACAAAGGAACCAGUUAAACAUCCUACAAAGGAACCAGUCAAACAUCCCACAAAGGAACCAAAGGAACCAGUCAAACAUCCUACAAAGGAACCAGUCAAACAUCCCACAAAGGAACCAGUCAAACACCCUACAAAGGAACCAGUCAAACAUCCUACAAAGGAACCAGUCAAACACCCUACAAAGGAACCAGUCAAACAUCCCACAAAGGAACCAGUCAAACAUCCCACAAAGGAACCAGUCAAACACCCCACAAAGGAACCAGUCAAACACCCCACAAAGGAACCAGUCAAACAUCCUACAAAGGAACCAGUCAAACACCCUACAAAGGAACCAGUCAAACAUCCCACAAAGGAACCAGUCAAACAUCCCACAAAGGAACCAGUCAAACACUCCACAAAGGAACCAGUCAAACAUCCUACAAAGGAACCAGUCAAACAUCCUACAAAGGAACCAGUCAAACACCCUACAAAGGAACCAGUUAAACAUCCUACAAAGGAACCAGUCAAACAUCCCACAAAGGAACCAGAUCCAGUCAAACAUCCCACAAAGGAACCAGUCAAACAUCCUACAAAGGAACCAGUCAAACAUCCCACAAAGGAACCAGUCAAACACCCUACAAAGGAACCAGUCAAACAUCCUACAAAGGAACCAGUCAAACACCCUACAAAGGAACCAGUCAAACAUCCCACAAAGGAACCAGUCAAACAUCCCACAAAGGAACCAGUCAAACACUCCACAAAGGAACCAGUAAAACAUCCUACAAAGGAACCAGUCAAACACCCUACAAAGGAACCAGUCAAACAUCCUACAAAGGAACCAGAACCAGCCAAUCGCCACACAAAGGAACCAGCCAAUCACCACACAAAGGAACAAGCCAAUCACCAUACAAAGGAACCAGACAAAAAACUCCACAAAGGAACCAGCCAAUCACCACACAAAGGAACCAGCCAAUCACCACACAAAGGAACCAGCCAAACACUCCACAAAGGAACCAGCCAAUCACCACACAAAGGAACCAGCCAAACACUCCACAAAGGAACCAGCCAAUCACCACACAAAGGAACCAGCCAAUCCCCACACAAAGGAACCAGGCAAUCACCAUACAAAGGAACCAGCCAAUCACCACACAAAGGAACCAGCCAAUCACCCCACAAAGGAACCAGCCAAUCACCACACAAAGGAACCAGCCAAACACUCCACAAAGGAACCAGCCAAUCACCACACAAAGGAACCAGCCAAUCCCCACACAAAGGAACCAGCCAAUCACCACACAAAGGAACCAGCCAAACACUCGACAAAGGAACCAACCAAUCACCACACAAAGGAACCAGCCAAUCACCACACAAAGGAACCAGUCAAACAUCAACACGCAUUUUAAUAAUUUAA